GCCAGGCUCUGGGUUGGCUGAGGAUUCUUGCUCUAGUUGACAACUUCCUGCCUGCCUAAGAGCCUCAGGCUGACUGUGGGGUGGGGAAGAGGCCUCCUUCUCUGGGGGGCCAGGGCACACCCCCAGGACGGCUGGGCCCAGCCUCCCUGUAGCCCCAACCAGGGGAGUGCUGCGUGUGCUGUUGUGUUUCUGGGGUUUUGGCCUCCAGAGCCAAAGGAUACUGGGGAAGACUAUUAUUGCGAAAUGCAGCCCCCAGGGACCGGCCUGAGGGCAGGCUGAGGGCAUCUUGCUCAAUUCUGAGAUGCUCUGGAUGCAAUCUCUGGUUCUGGUUCCGGGUGGGCGGGGCGAGCAGGGUCUUCCCCCCACCCCCCUGUCCAGGGCUGGGGCUGCACACUGAACCCUGUGAACCGGGAAAUGGUUCCCUCCCUCCGUCCCUCACUCAGCUUGGUUCACUGGCCGGUCUUGUACAUCCCCUACCGGGCCUGACCGCUAUUGGCUGUCUGCGGACUUUCCGGCCUGAUUUGCAUGUUGCCCUGCGGGCCCUGCGUGCCUUUCUGUUUACUUCACUUCAGAGUGCAGGACAGCCAGACGCCAGCUCUCCCAGGCUGCAGCAACAGGCACUUGGGCACCCGGCACCGAAGGGGGCCAGGCAGCGGGCUGGCUGAGGUCCUGGGGGAGCGCCUGCUGUGGUCCUGGCCACCCGGACCGUGGGUGCCGCUUGCUGGAGCCAGCAGCUGGCUUCUUGGCCCUGGGAGCUUGCACUGGAAGGAGCAGAUGGAUUGUAAAAUCCAGGGGAUGCUGCCCGAGGACCUUAGAUGCCUCUCUAGAGCAUGAGCUCGGGCAAGAGCGCCCGCUACAACCGCUUCUCCGGGGGGCCUAGCAACCUUCCUACCCCAGACGCCACCACCGGGGUAAGGGGGACACCCUCGGGGAAUGGUCUGCCUCUGUGCACACCCCACAUACCCAGGGCCCCAGAAGAGCUACCAGAGCAGUCCUCUCCCUACCUGGAGGUCCCUCGGACCAGAAUGGAAACGACCUUUGGGCCCUCCUUUUCGGCUGUCACCACCAUCACAAAAGCUGAUGGGACCAGCACAUACAAACAGCACCGCAGGACGCCCUCUUCCUCCAGCUCCCUCGCCUACUCCCCACGGGACGAGGAGGACAGCAUGCCCCCCAUCAGCACCCCACGCCGCUCUGACUCGGCCAUCUCCGUCCGCUCCCUGCACUCGGAGUCCAGCAUGUCCCUGCGCUCCACAUUCUCGCUGCCCGAGGAGGAGGAGGAGCCGGAGCCGCUGGUGUUUGCCGAGCAGCCCUCGGUGAAGCUCUGCUGCCAGCUCUGCUGCAGUGUGUUCAAGGACCCUGUGAUCACCACGUGUGGGCACACCUUCUGUCGAAGAUGCGCCUUGAAGUCAGAGAAGUGUCCCGUGGACAAUGCCAAGCUGACGGUGGUGGUGAACAACAUCGCAGUGGCUGAGCAGAUUGGCGAGCUCUUCAUCCACUGCAGGCACGGUUGUCGGGCAGUGGGGGGCGGGAAGCCCACUGUCUUUGAGGUGGACCCCCGAGGGUGUCCCUUCACCAUCAAGCUCAGCGCCCGGAAGGACCACGAGGGCAGCUGUGACUACAGGCCUGUGCGGUGCCCCAACAACCCCAGCUGCCCGCCCCUUCUCAAGAUGAACUUGGAGGCACAUCUCAAGGAGUGCGAGCACAUCAAGUGUCCCCACUCCAAGUACGGGUGCACGUUCAUUGGAAACCAGGACACGUAUGAGACGCACUUGGAGACCUGCCGCUUCGAGGGCCUGAAGGAGUUCCUUCAGCAGACGGAUGACCGCUUCCACGAGAUGCACGUGGCACUGGCCCAGAAGGACCAGGAGAUCGCCUUCCUGCGCUCCAUGUUGGGCAAGCUCUCAGAGAAGAUCGACCAGCUGGAGAAGAGCCUGGAACUCAAGUUCGAUGUCCUGGAUGAAAACCAGAGCAAGCUCAGCGAGGACCUCAUGGAGUUCCGGAGGGACGCGUCCAUGUUGAAUGACGAGCUGUCCCACAUCAAUGCACGGCUGAACAUGGGCAUCCUAGGAUCCUACGACCCACAGCAGAUCUUCAAGUGCAAAGGAACUUUUGUGGGUCACCAGGGCCCUGUCUGGUGUCUCUGCGUCUACUCAAUGGGGGACCUGCUCUUCAGCGGCUCCUCUGACAAGACCAUCAAGGUGUGGGACACGUGUACCACCUACAAGUGCCAGAAGACGCUGGAGGGCCAUGAUGGCAUUGUGCUGGCCCUCUGCAUCCAGGGGUGCAAGCUCUACAGCGGCUCAGCCGACUGCACCAUCAUCGUUUGGGACAUCCAGAACCUGCAGAAGGUGAACACGAUCCGGGCCCACGACAACCCGGUGUGCACGCUGGUCUCCUCACACAACAUGCUCUUCAGCGGCUCCCUGAAGGCCAUCAAGGUGUGGGACAUUGUGGGCACCGAGCUGAAGCUGAAGAAGGAGCUCACCGGCCUCAACCACUGGGUGCGGGCCCUGGUGGCUGCCCAGAGCUACCUGUACAGCGGCUCCUACCAGACAAUCAAGAUCUGGGACAUCCGGACCCUCGACUGCAUCCACGUCCUGCAGACAUCUGGCGGCAGCGUCUACUCUAUUGCCGUGACGAAUCACCACAUUGUCUGUGGCACCUACGAGAACCUCAUCCAUGUGUGGGACAUUGAGUCUAAGGAGCAAGUGCGGACCCUGACAGGACACGUUGGCACUGUGUAUGCCCUGGCGGUCAUCUCGACGCCAGACCAGACCAAAGUCUUCAGCGCAUCCUACGACCGGUCUCUCAGGGUCUGGAGUAUGGACAACAUGAUCUGCACGCAGACUCUGCUGCGUCACCAGGGCAGUGUGACUGCGCUGGCAGUGUCCCGGGGCCGGCUCUUCUCGGGAGCCGUGGACAGCACCGUGAAGGUGUGGACUUGCUAACAGAAUCCAGGCCAGGUCUUGGCUUCCUCUGGGCCUGACCUAGGCCUGUCCAAGUCCGGCGAGCCACAUGACUGGUCUUGGGGUCUCUGCCUACCCCAUGGGAACAGGCAGGCAGACUCAGCCAGGCAGACAAUGCCCUCCCUGCCCUGCGCCCAGUGAGCCUCUCUCUGCUUGGCCUUGUCAUCGUCACUGCCAGGACAGUGCCCAGACCGUCUGGGUGCCAGGUACGACGCUCACCAGGCCCACCCUCCAUCCCCACUCCAGAUGGACUGUGGGCCUUUUUACUCACCUUUUCUACUGUUUUUAGACUGUGUAUAAAUUUGAUUACUUCCUGAUUGAAAUAAAAGCUGCACAGACUGUG